GAGAGAGCGAGGGAAAAUGUUUGUUUUAUACAAAAAGUAGGAAUCUUAAACGGGCGGGUGGGUUUGACUUGAAUGAACCCGAGAUUGGAGUUAGGUUUUAUAUCUUAAACCCGUUUGGAAAAACCCAAAAGCAGUGAGAGCCCCCUCUCUUGUCCAAGUUUCUUUUCAGUCUUUUCCAGCCAAAUUGCUAAGACGCUGCUGCGCUGUUUAAUCUCAUCGGCGAUUCCGUUGUCGUUUAAUCUAUAUCUGUUUACAGCUGCAGUUAUAGCUUCGAAUUGAGUGAAAUAGAGUAGAAGAACCUAAGAUUUUGGAAUUGAGAGCUUCUUGUUUAACUUCAGCCCUCAAUAACCCUAGAUUUUGGAUCUUUUUGAUAGUGAAAUAAAAAAAAGAGGGAAAGAUGAGGAUAAUGAUAAAAGGAGGAGUGUGGAAGAACACGGAGGAUGAGAUACUGAAAGCGGCGGUUAUGAAAUAUGGAAAAAAUCAAUGGGCUCGUAUCUCUUCUCUUCUUGUUCGUAAGUCUGCUAAACAAUGUAAGGCUCGCUGGUAUGAGUGGCUUGACCCCUCCAUUAAAAAGACUGAGUGGACCAGAGAGGAGGAUGAGAAAUUGCUUCAUCUUGCUAAGCUCAUGCCAACUCAAUGGCGAACUAUUGCUCCAAUUGUUGGCCGUACUCCGUCUCAGUGUCUCGAGCGAUAUGAGAAGCUUCUUGAUGCUGCGUGUGUUAAGGAUGACAACUAUGAACCUGGUGAUGACCCGAGAAAAUUGCGUCCUGGAGAAAUUGAUCCUAACCCUGAAUCAAAGCCUGCACGUCCUGAUCCUGUUGAUAUGGAUGAAGAUGAAAAGGAAAUGCUUUCAGAGGCUCGUGCUCGGUUAGCCAACACUAGGGGGAAAAAGGCUAAAAGGAAAGCUAGAGAGAAACAGCUUGAAGAGGCCAGGAGGCUUGCUUCCUUGCAGAAAAGGAGAGAACUCAAAGCUGCUGGUAUUGACACUCGGCAACGGAAAAGGAAGAGGAAGGGGAUCGACUAUAAUGCAGAAAUUCCCUUUGAGAAAAGGCCGCCACCUGGCUUUUUUGAUGUUGCUGAUGAAGAUAGUUCUGUGGAACAGCCUAAGUUCCCAACUACAAUUGAAGAACUUGAAGGGAAAAGAAGAGUUGAUAUUGAGGCCCAGUUGAGGAAGCAGGACAUUGCAAAGAAUAAAAUUGCUCAAAGGCAGGAUGCUCCUUCUGCUAUACUACAAGCAAACAAGAUGAAUGAUCCAGAAACAGUACGGAAGAGAUCAAAACUAAUGCUUCCUGCACCACAGAUUUCAGACCAUGAAUUGGAAGAAAUUGCAAAGAUGGGUUAUGCAAGUGAUCUUAUUGCUGGGAGUGAGGAACUAACGGAAGGGAGUGGUGCAACUCGUGCUCUUCUGGCAAACUAUGCCCAAACUCCACAACAGGGAAUGACACCAUUGCGAACUCCACAAAGAACUCCUGCUGGUAAGGGUGAUGCAAUUAUGAUGGAAGCAGAAAACCUGGCACGGUUGAGAGAGUCUCAGACGCCACUACUGGGAGGAGAGAAUCCAGAGUUGCACCCUUCAGAUUUUUCUGGGGUCACCCCAAGAAAAAGAGAGAUCCAAACACCAAAUCCGAUGCUCACACCUUCUGCAACUCCUGGAGAUGCUGGUCUCACUCCUAGAAUUGGCAUGACACCAGCAAGGGAUGGGUACUCUUAUGGCAUGACGCCAAAAGGAACACCUAUCAGGGAUGAACUUCGUAUAAAUGAAGACAUGGAUAUGCAUGAUAGCUCAAAACUUGAGCAACAAAGAAAAGCCGAUUUAAGAAGGAACUUGCGAUCUGGUCUUAUUAAUCUUCCACAGCCCAAGAAUGAAUACCAAAUAGUUAUUCAGCCGCCUCCAGAAGAUAAUGAAGAACCAGAGGAGAAGAUUGAAGAGGAUAUGUCGGAUAGGAUAGCCAGAGAAAAGGCUGAGGAAGAAGCUCGGCAACAGGCAUUGCUUAGGAAGAGAUCGAAAGUACUGCAGAGGGAACUCCCUAGGCCACCUGCUGCUUCAUUGGAGCUAAUUAAAAAUUCUUUGUUGAGAGCCGAUGGAGAUAAGAGUUCGUUUGUUCCUCCUACAUCAAUUGAACAGGCUGAUGAAAUGAUACGAAAGGAGCUGGUUACCCUGCUCGAGCAUGACAAUGCAAAAUAUCCCCUAGAUGACAAGCUGAAUAAGGAAAAAAAGAAAGGUGCCAAGCGCUCUGCAAAUGGAUCUGCUGCUUCUAUCCCUGUGAUAGAGGAUUUUGAAGAAGAUGAAAUGAAAGAAGCUGAUAAUUUUAUAAAGGAAGAAGCUCAGUAUAUCCGUGUAGCAAUGGGGCAUGAAAAUGAAUCUCUUGAUGAAUUUGUUGAAGCACACAAAACAUGUCUAAAUGAUCUCAUGUACUUCCCUACACGGAAUGCUUAUGGUCUCUCAAGUGUUGCUGGAAAUGUGGAGAAACUAGCAGCCAUACAGAAUGAAUUUGAAAAUGUCAAAACAAGGUUAGAGGCUGAAAGAGAGAAGGCAUUACGCCUUGAGAAGAAGGUUAAUGUUCUUACACAAGGUUAUCAGAUGCGGGCAGAAAGGCAACUUUUGCCACCACUUGAUUCAAUCUUAAAGCAGAUAGAUACUGCUGGAACAGAACUGGAGUGCUUUCAAGUUUUACAGAAGCAAGAGCAAUUAGCGGCAUCACACAGGAUCAAUGGCCUCUGGGAGGAAGUUCAGAAGCAGAAGGAGCUAGAACAAACUUUGCAAAGGCGGUAUGGAAACCUUAUGGCUGAGCUGGGAAGAAUACAACAUCUUAUGGAUGAAUAUAGAGCACUAGCAAAGCAAGAGGAAGAAAUUGCUGCAAAGAAUCGUGCACUUGAGUUGGCUGAGACAGCAGCAAAGCAAGCUGCCAUCCUAGAGUCAAACACGUCUGAGCCCAGGCCUUCCGAUGACCAUGAGAGUUCUAUGCCAGUUGAUUCAUCGAAUGUCGAAAUCUCAGAGCUGCAAACAAAUGCUGCACAGGGCCAUUUUAAUGCAAGUCCAAAACAUGGUAUUGAUAACCAUUUAGAGAAAGAGCAUGCACCCAUGGACACAGAUGUCAGCUCAUCUAAUGAUGUGCCUUCUGCUGUGGGAGGAGGUACAGAUGCUCAUUUAGAGAAAGAGCACGCACCCAUGGACACAAAUGUCAGCUCAUCUAAUGAUGUACCUUCUGCUGCAGAAGGAGGGCAUACAGCACCCCUACAAGACAAUAGCAAUGAGCGGUCUGAUAGUCAUGUCUCUGGGUCUGAUGCAAAUAACAAGGUCGAAGAUCCUGCUGAGAACUCGAUUAACCCAGAAAAUAUUUCUGAUGUGGUUGCAGAGGGAAGUUUGUUGACUGAGGGGAAUGCUGGUGAUAUUGCCAUUAGCACCGAGGAUGGUGCAGUUGUUGAGGACCAAAAUAUUGUCACACAAGCAACAAAUCAAGACGAUGCCAACGCCAAACAAGGAGACAGCGGUGAAGAUGAGAGGGCAAACUUAACAAAGGACGAGGAGAAGAUUGUCAGUUCUUAACAGAUGACAGCUGGAAUGAAUGAGGAGAAGUGGAAUGUACACAGGUGAAAAAGGAAAGCUUGAAGGUCCCGGAAAAUCUUCUGGAACUUUUGUGACAAUAACUUCCGGGAACAUUGGAGCCUGGGAAUGAAGAGUUUGUAUUGGGAGUCCCUUUGUGGAAUUAUUGCAGUGGGUAGUCAGGGACUUCUGGGUAGCGUUCCCAUAAUUUGUCCAUUCUGUAAUUUUUUCCAGGACUGGGACAUGUAUGCCAAUCGUUUUGUUCUUUUUACAAAUGCCAGAAGGGACCAGGUGACAAAAAAUCUGGUCAUAAUGUACGGUACGGUGCAACUGUUGUUAGAUUGAGGAACUGUUAUGUCAUGUUUGAUCUUCAGGUAGUGUGCUGUAAUUCACUAAUGUUAUUCAAUUAAAGUGAAAUGCUAUAAUCUACAGCAAAUUAAUAGUUUAA